GGAGCAGCACCCGGAUCCCGCUCUGGCUCAGCGAUCCCCAAGAAUUCAUAAUGACAACAGUGACAGUGACCACAGAAAUUCCUCCAAGGGGAAAGAGAGAAGAUAAUUCUGCCUGGUAUGAGUCUACAUCGGCUCACGUUAUUGAAGAAACUGAAUAUGUGAGAAAGAUUCGAACUACUCUGGAAAAGAUCCGCAAUCAAAUAUUUAAAGAUGAAUCAGGACAUAACAGUAUAAAUCACAAACUAGAUGUAAAGCCCCCUGGAAACUUACAAAACGGCUCUGAUUCUGACAUGGAUCCUUCUUGCUGCAGUUUGGAUUUGCUCAUGAAAAAGAUGAAAGGCAAAGAGCUACAGCUCUUAGAAAUGAACAAAGAGAAUGAAGUAUUGAAAAUAAAGCUGGAAGCCUCCAGGGAAGCAGGAGCAGCGGCUUUGAGAAACGUGGCCCAGAGAUUAUUUGAAAACUACCAAACACAAUCUGAAGGGAUGAGGAAAAAGCACGAGGACAGUCAACGUUCACUCCAGGUUAACAAGCUCGAAAAAGAACGGAAAUUGAACGAACAUGUUGAACAGCUGAAUCAAGUUGCUGAAAAACUUGAAGAAAAACACAGUCAAAUCACAGACUUGGAGAACCUUGUACAGAGAAUGGAAAAAGAAAAGAGAACAUUACUAGAAAGAAAACAGUCUUUGGAAAACAAGCUGCUGCGACUCAAACCCAGCACGACGGAUGCUAAAAGUUGCCAGGACCUUCGGAUGGAGAUUUCCGUUCUCCAGGAGCAGAUCUCUCACCUGCAGCUUGUGAUCCACUCCCAGCAUCAGAGCCUGCGCAGCGUCAUCCAGGAGAUGGAAGGAUUAAAAAAUAAUUUGAAAGAACAAGAUAAAAGAAUUGAAAAUCUCAAGGAAAAAGUUAACGUCCUUGAAGCACAGAAUAAAGAACUAAAAACCAAGGUGGCACUUUGGUCAGAAACUCCAAGGACAAAGGUAUCUAAGGCUGUCGCUACAAGUGAAUUGAAGACUGAAGACACCUCUCCAUACCUGAUGUUGAUUAGGCUACGAAAAUGAACUGGCUGGCCAAAGAUCCUAUGAUAAAGACUAUGUGGGUCUAAUUUAUUCCUUGAAGCUCAGCCCUGACUUCCUUGUUAAAAUAGCACAAUGCUGGUAUUUAAAUAGAAUUUAUCAUAUAUACGUAGUUUUGCAGGAAGAUGGCCUUCCAAAAGAUCAAACAAAUACAUCUUUAAGGGGAAAACUUUCUUCAAAACUUACCAAAUAGGUGAAGAAACCAGGUGGUUUCCCAUGAUGGAAGAGAUUCUGCCUUUACAUUUUAAAAAAAAAUCUGACUUUUGUUUUCAGACUUUGGUUAAAAGGACUGUUUAAAGGUUGUCAACUGUAACCUUUUGACAAUAGUUUUUAAGCAUACCAGUGGAAGAGUAGAGUGUCUAUGUGUAUGAACAAACACCAUAUUUUAAAAUUGACCUUUGGAUAAUAAGAAAGAUCUUACAGCAUAAAACCCUCUGCAGAUCCAUUGUUAGUGGGAGAGUUACCUUCUACUGAAUCAUGGCAGGAGGAGGAGCAGAUGUGUUUUAAUUAAUUCCUCAACCCGUGUUGUUCUCCAGUUAAGAACUGUGGUGGCUGCAUGAUACCACCAUAGAAAGCCCCUGGUUUUCAAUUGCUCUGGGAUUAAAAAUUGGUUUCUGAACCCAGGUACAAAAGCAUCCAGGGAUGCUCACAGUGCACUCUGCCUUUGUGAGUAAUUUUCUUCUUGAUAUUUAUUAAUAUCACCUAAUUAAAAUAUUUGGGGGAAGAAUAGAACAUAACGCUGUUAGCACACACCUCUAUAAAAAUGUAUAUAUUACAGAUUCAACAAAAUUGGCUAUUGUCUGCAGCCAGGAAGAAUCGGAAUUCAUGACAUGCAAUGACAUGUGUAGUGUUCUUGGGUGAAUGUGCUUCAAUUUCAAGACAGGCCUUCCUUACAGGUGGAGUUUGUGAUUGCUGUGAGUAAAACCAAACUCUGACUUGCAGAAAUGCAAAUAUACUGAUACUCAGGAAAGCAGAACACACUCGGUUAGAUGACUAUUGAGAGACCUUAGUCAUCCUUAAGAGUGAAUUCCCUUCCGGCCGUUGUUUUUCCUCUAUGGUGUAUAACUUUAAACAUUUUCUCAGGAAAAGCGCUUCAAGCCUUUCAACGAGGAAUGUGAAAUAUCAGUGUUUUCUAUAAAAUGUUUGACAGUCUCUAUAUAAACACGAGAUGAAGUGAUGUAUUUAUAAAUUCAUCCAAGUACUGUAAUCUUUGAAAUGUUGUGUAAACCUGUGUGUGAGUUUUGUCUCAUAGUGUCUUUGGGAACAUUUUUAUUGCUUGCUAAUUUUGCAGGUAUAGUUAGCUAUUCAUUUUUGUUACAGCCAUGCCAGGAACAUUCCGUGUUACUUGUAAACAUUCCUUUUGUAUGUUCCCAAACCCUCGGAAGCAGGUCAUGUUAUUAUUCCUACUUCCCCAAGGAAGACUGAAGAUGGGUAAGUGAUUUGCCCAACUGCUAACUUUGGAGUGGAGAUUUGAACCCUUGACUUGGCCAUUGAUGUUCAUUCUACUUGCUCACUGGCUGGUCUAAAAUAUUUCCCAGCUAUAAAAUUGCCUCUCUUUUCGCUACUUUAACAAACACACAGCUUCUUUGGUAGCUAUCUGCAUUACCCUGUGGAUAACAGUCAGAAAUAACCCUUACUGAUAAGUCAAUAUUUUGCUGAAUUUAGUUGGCCUUUCACCUGCUGGACCAUCAUGAGGAGAACUCAGCUCAGACAAACCUUCCUGCUAAAAAACCUGAUCUGAUUGUUUUAUACUUAUUUAUCAUGACUUUAUGCCACAGGAAAGAAUUUCUUUGUAAUACAGUUUCAGGCACACUUGUAGGGAAAUAGGGAUAAUGAAUCCUACUUCAAAUUUGCAGUGUAGAAAGAAAACCCACCUGUCACUUGGAGACCAGUCAGGCUCUUCUUGUACCUCAAUCAUUGUGCCAGCUUGUAAUACACUUGAGAUUUUGGAACGGACUCAUUUAAUGGACCUAACAACAACCUUGACAAUUUCCACGUGAAUACAUAUUCCAAAGUCAAAAAUGGGACGACGCUGCGGGAUUUUCUUUUGGUUUCGCUAUGCUUAUUUUUGAGCAGGGAAGUACAACUGGACCUAGUACAAAUAAGCCUGCACAUAAGGUCGCCAGGCUCCCUUUGGAAUGGGCUUUGGAUUUGCGGAGAAUAAAAAUGAGCAGGUUCAGUGGCCAAAAAUGAUCUGAGCUCUUCAAAUGCAAAUGUAACUUUAGAGUAAUGUUAGCUAUAUCAUUUAUUUUUUGUAUGUGGAUUAUUUCUUAUAUCUUUAUUGUCUCGGCUUUUAUCAUUUGAAAUGUUUUUUCAGUAAACAUUUCUGCAUGACAAAACAAAAGGUUACAAUGGGGAAUGAAGUUUAUUAGUCUAAACACAGAACUAUACAGGAAAUAUAAGAAGAGAAACACGAGUUCAGCUGAUUCUAAAUAAUUGUAGUUCUCAUUAAGCUAAUCAAUAGAUUAGAUAAGAAAGUCUGAGGUGGGCCCGAAGUUCAUGGAUGAAGUUAGAAAAUGACAGGAACCUUGGGUCUACCUUGAUUACGUACAUUUUAAGAAAUGUCGAGAUUAAACAACUGGCACAGUAUAUCUUUUGAAUAAUUGCAU